AUGACUUUUCCAAGUUCACACUUUCAAGGCACUCAUGACCAUGAAGCCGGCCCGAGUAGAAUUACACAUGUUAAUGAUGUUGCACUUGGUCGUACGUUCGUAACACCCCAUCAAUCUAUCAACAACACUCAGUCUGGUAGUACAGAUGAUAUGCAUGUUGAUGGAUCUUUGGAGGAUGUAGCAACAUCGAAUGUUAAUAUGGAAGGAAGAGAAAACAAUGCCUCAUCGUGUCAUCCUCAAUCCUCGCGACAUCCUUUUCGAGCAAGAUAUAAUAUUGCUCGAAAUUUCAAAAAUAACAUGGUGAUGGCAAAAUCUCGGUUGCCUAAUCCAACUACCUGUAGACGUUGCAACGCAAGACUGUUUCACCACGAAUCACGUGACACAUGUUGUUCUGGUGGGAAAGUAUCAUUUCCAAGGGUUGAUGCUCCUACAGAAUUUCAAGAACUAUUUUUGGAUGGUUCAGCAGAAGGAAAACAUUUUAGGCAGCAUAUUCGAAGUUACAACUAUGUCUUCUCUUUCACUUCGAUUGGUGUUCACGUCGAUGAAUCUAUUCUUGCAUCUGGUCGUGGUAUAUAUACAUUUCGUGCUCAAGGAGCUUUUUACCAUAACAUCGGAAGUUUCUAUCCCAAUGAGGGUGACAGGCCACGCUUCCUACAGUUAUACAUCUAUGACACAGAUAACGAGCUACAUUAUAGAAUGCGGGAAAAUCCACAACUAGAUGAAUCUGUGGUUCAAAAACUACAACGUUUGCUCCAUCAGUAUAAUCCUUUCGUAAUUAGGUUCAAACAACUGUCCUUACUUCCAAAUAUCAGUGACUGUAGCCUCAUACUCAAAGAGCGUCCAAGUAAUCACCCUCAAUAUAAUCUUCCAUCUGCGGAACAAGUCGCUGCAAUUAUUGUUGGAGGUGAUACUGAAUCUAUGGCAUAUGGAAGGGACAUUAAUGUCAUUCGCCAUGAUGGAAAUCUAAAGAAAGUACAAGAAACAAAAGGAUAUUAUGAUCCCUUGCAGUAUCCUAUAUUGUUUCCAUUUGGGACGCAUGGUUGGGAUGUUAACACAGCAAAUUGUAAUGGGCGAAGAGUGUCAUGUCGAGCGUAUUACAGCUACAUGCUUCAGAUUCGUCCAAGCGAUCAAUCAAUGUUGUUAAAUGCGGGUCGACUAUUACAACAAUAUAUCGUAGACAAUUAUGUCAAAAUUGAAUCAGGGAGGUUAAGGUGGAUUCGAGAACACCAGUCAAAUAUACGUGCUGAAGUGUACCAAGGUUUACAAGAUGCUUUGCAUGUUGGUGAAACUAAUGCAGAAAAUAUUGGAAAAAGAACAAUAUUACCAUCAUCAUUUAUUGGAGGUCGCCGAGACAUGACACAACGUUACGAAGAUGGCAUGGCUAUUGUACUUAAUAGCGGUAAACCAGAUAUUUUUUUGACCAUGACGUGCAAUCCUUCUUGGUGUGAGAUAACAUCAGAACUUCUACCUUUUCAAACACCACAAGAUCGCCCAGAUUUACUAACGAGAAUAUUUCGUGCUAAAUUCAAGCAAUUGAAGGAUGAUGUCAUUAACAAAGGAGUCUUAGGAAAGGUUAAAAGUUACAUGUAUGUCACUGAAUUUCAAAAACGAGGAUUGCCGCAUGUGCAUAUGUUGUUGGUCUUGGAAAGUAACGACAAGUUGCGUGACCCAAAAGAUUACGAUAGUGUGGUUAGAGCUGAAAUACCUAAAUUAGAAUGUGAACCACAGUUGCAUGAAGUAGUUGUAAAACAUAUGAUCCACGGUCCUUGCGGCGUACUCAAUCAAAGAUCUCCAUGUAUGAAAGAUGGCCAUUGUAAAAAAAGGUAUCCCAAACAAUUUUGUGAUGAAACACGCCAAGGCACUGACUCAUAUCCAGAGUAUAGGAGAAGGUUUGACGAACCUAUAUCUAUAGGUAGAGAUAGGUCUAUUGAUAAUAGAUGGGUGGUUCCUUAUAACCCUUGGUUACUGUUAAAAUAUGACUGUCACAUCAAUGUAGAGGUUUGCAGUAGUAUUAAAAGUAUCAAGUAUCUAUACAAAUAUGUGUACAAGGGCCCUGAUCGUGUGUCUAUGGAGGUUCACAAAGGAUCAUACAUGGACGAAGUCCAACUACAGAUCCACUUGCCAGAACGCCAUCAAGUGCACUUUUAUGAACAUCAAAGAAUUGCAGACGUCUUAAAUAAUGAACGCAACUCCAAAACAAUGCUCACACAAUUCUUUGCGCUAAAUCAAAGAGAUCCGGAGGCAAGGAGUUAUCUAUAUAGAGAGAUACCAGAGCACUACUGUUGGAACAGUAGGGGCAAGGAAUGGCAUCGCAGGCGAUCAACGAGAAAAGUUAUUGGAAGAAUCUAUACAGUAUCACCUUCGGAGGGGGAUAAGUUCUACUUGCGGUUAUUGUUAUCUCAUGUCAGAGGUCCAACCAGUUGGGAAUAUCUUCUUACAAAUAAUGGCAUCCCAUUUAAUACAUUUAAAAAGUCAGCCGAGGAUCGAGGAUUAUUGGAGACUGAUCAUAGUAUUCGUGAUUGUUUGGUUGAGGCUGCGAGUCUUCGAAUGCCGUAUGCUUUAAGGAGGUUAUUCGUGACGAUUCUAAUAUUUUGCGAACCUACUUAUGUUAGAAGUCUUUGGAAUGAGUUUUUUACACAUAUGACAGAGGAUUAUCAAGCAAUGAACAAUGGUGUGGAAUUAGUCUUGACUAAUAUGUUGUUGAAGGAUUUGAAUGAACUCUUAGGCCAACAUGGCAAAAAAAUUGAAGAUUAUGAUCUCCCAUCAUUAUCCCCUGAAGCAAUGGAGGAGAAUUUAAACCCAAGUGUCAUACAAGAGGAGUUAGCGGUUGAUAUCCCAAAUGAAGAUAUUGAAUCUGUUGCUAAAUUAAAUAAUGACCAGAUGAUUGCGUUCAAAACCAUCAUGAAUGUCAUUGACCAAAAAUACAGUGGGAUAUUUUUUGUUGAUGGCCCAGGUGGAACAGGUAAAACAUUCCUUUAUAGAACGUUGAUGGCAACUUUACGAAAUAGAGGAGAAAUUGUUUUAGCAACUGCAUCAUCCGGCAUAGCUGCAACACUAUUACCCAGUGGUAGGACUGCACACUCUCGAUUUAAGAUACCUAUCGAGAUACAACCGGGUUCCAUCUGUGGUAUACAAAAGCAAAAAGAUCUUGCAAACCUCAUUAGAGUGGCAGCUGCAAUAAUUUGGGAUGAGGCCCCAAUGAUAAACAAAAAUUGUUUAGAAGCCUUAAAUCGAUCAUUGCAAGAUGUUUGUAGCAACAAUGCUCCAUUUGGUGGAAAGGUUAUGAUCAUGGGGGGAGAUUUUCGUCAAGUUCUUCCUGUUGUAAAGAAAGGUACUAAGGCACAAAUGAUUUCGGCGUGUAUUGUUCAGUCUCAUUUAUGGGCUCAUACCAAGAUUUUGCGGUUGCGUCAGAAUAUGCGGUCACUCCAUGACCAAGAGUUUGCAGAAUUUCUUAUUCGCAUUGGUGAUGGUGUUGAACCUACCAAACCAGAUGACAUGGUGAGGUUGCCUUCACAAAUUGCAAUCCCGUGGGAGGGUGAACACUCUAUACAAGUACUUAUCCAACAUAUUUUCCCUGAAUUAGAAUUGCAUGGAUGCGAUGCCCCUUAUAUGGUACAGAGAGCUAUUUUGACACCAACAAAUGACGAGGUUCAAAAAUUGAAUGAUAUAAUCAUCGAUCAGUUUCCAGGAGAAGAGCAUGAGUUGUUGUCGUUUGACGAGGUUGAGGGGGAUACUCAUAAUUUAUACCAGCAAGAAUUUUUAAAUUCAAUUGCACAGAGUAGUUUGCCACCACAUAUUCUAAAAAUAAAAAAGGGUGCACCAUUGAUGUUGCUGCGAAAUCUAGAUCCUAGAUAUGGACUGUGUAAUGGGACGCGGUUAUUAUGUCGUGGUUUAUUUAUGAACCUGUUGGAUGUGGAAAUCUUGACAGGAAGCAAUGCAGGAAAACGAGCUUUCUUUAGAAAGCAGUUUCCUGUACGACUAAGUUUUGCAAUCACAAUAAAUAAGGCACAAGGACAAACCAUUCCUAAUGUUGGAAUAUAUCUUCCACGACAUGUUUUCAGUCAUGGACAUUUAUAUGUGGCUUUAUCCAGAGGUGUCUCACAGACUACGACAAAAGUUUUGAUCAGAGAGGGAAAAUUACAGGGAGAAGAUGGCAAGCUAAAAUACAGUGAAAUCUUCCAAUUAUGUAAGGAGUUGAGACAGAAGAAUGUUGAACCUCACCACAACACAAAAAUGGGACACUUUGAAGCUAAAUGGAGCACAUGGAAGGACGAACAAACUAUUUCUUCCAUCGACAAACCCGACAAUAAGGUAAAACGUCUGCAGAUUUACUCUCUCGGUUGGUGCUCCACCGUCAUAACAGAUAAAACACAACUUUGGAAAAUGGUGAAAAGAGAAAUAUUAUCUCAAAGGAUGGAGAGCAAGAAUCCAUGUAAUUCAAGCAUCGAAAAGAGUUGUUGUUCUACCAAAUCUACACUAAAACAAAACAUCUCUAUUAUUCAGUUUUUUAAAACUCAGGAUUUCAUUGAUAAAGGGGUGUAUGAAGAAUUGAUUCGACUAUUUUCAAGGCAAAAAGAUAAUUCUUCCCACGAAGAAUUCAUGUUCGGCCUUCCUCAUAAGGAGCGUCAUUGA